UCGCAGCUCGCGGGAGUUUCUCGGAGGAUUUCAUUACCUGUCAUCAUCAUAACUCUCCGGAGCGGCGCGCGAGCGGACGAGCAUCUCCGGUCCUCGCGCAGACUCCCGAGCAUCUCCACAGGCGGCCGGUGCGCAACGAGAGGUACGAAGGAAGACACCAUGAGUGAGCGCUUCGACUGCAAGAACUGCAACGAGUCCCUGUGCGGACGCAAAUACAUCCAGGUGGAGGACAACCCCCACUGCAUCCCCUGCUACGACCGGAUGUUCGCCCACACCUGCCAGGAAUGUAAAGAGAUCAUCGGCCACAAUGCCAAGGAGCUCUUCUACGAGAACAGACAUUACCACUCGCACUGUUUCCGCUGCUUCCGCUGCGACCGCUCUCUGGCGGACGAGCCCUUCACCAGCCAGGAGGGGGCGCUGGUGUGCAGCGACUGCUACUGCAGCGAGUACUCCUCCAAGUGCGUGUCCUGCGACAAGUCGGUGAUGCCAGGAUCAAAGUUGCUGGAGUACGGCGGCUCCACGUGGCACGAGGACUGUUUCGUGUGUCACGGCUGCGAGAAACCGAUGGGCGCCGAGGCCUUCAUCCCCGACAACAACAACUAUUACUGCGUGCCGUGCUACGAGGGCCGCGUGGCCCCUCAGUGCAGCCACUGCAAAAAGGCACUGACUAAAGGAGGCGUGACCUACAAGGACGAGGUGUGGCACAAAGACUGUUUCCUGUGCACGGGCUGCAAGGCUCCGCUGGCCGGCCAGCCCUUCACCUCGCAGGGCGAGACUCCGUACUGCGUCAAGUGCUUCAGCAGCCUGUACGCCAAGAAGUGUGCCGGCUGCAACACGGCCAUCACAGGGUUCGGAGAUGGGAAGUACGUGUCCUUUGAGGAGCGGCAGUGGCACCAGCCGUGCUUCAAGUGUUCCCGCUGCUCCGUGUCACUGGUGGGCUCCGGCUUCUUCCCCGACCGCGACCAGAUCCUGUGCACGGACUGCAACAACGACGACUGAAGCGCGGCGAAAGAGAAGAGUGUAUGUCUGAAGCUGUCGCUGCACACGCACACAACGCAAUGUCACGAGUUCACAAACAGCGUGAACGCGAAACUCUCAUCGGCCUUCAGCACGUUGAAAUGUUUGUACAGAUUCUGCAGAAACAUCCUGGAGUGUACACUACUGUUGAAAAGUUUGGGGUCACUUAGAAAUGUAUUUAUUUUUCAAAGUAAAACACUUUUUUUCAAUGAAGAUAACAUUAAAUUAAUCAUAAAUAGCCUCUCUACAUAGUUAAUGUGUAAAUGACUAUUCUCUGGUGUUUAAAGAAGUCUCUACAGAGGUGUGUAGAGGCCCAUCUCCAGUGUUCUAAUGGUACAUUGUGUUAUCGCCUUAGAAGACUAACGGAGGGGUAGAAAACCCUCGAAAACCCUUUUUAUGUGAGCGCAGCUGAAAACAGUUAUGCUGGUGAGAGAAGCUAUAAAACUGGCCUUUUUUUGAGCCACAAGAAGAACAACAUUAAUAUUUAAAAUAAAAAUCAUUAUUUCUAACCUUAUCAAUGUCUUGACUAUAUUUUAUAUUCAUUUUGCAUUCAUUUGCUAAAAUAAAGUGAGUUUUCAUGGAAAACACCAAAUUGUCUGGGUGACCUCAAACUUUUGAACGGGAGUGUAUGUGUAUGACUUUUCAAUAUUUUAAAUGUUUUGCACACCGCAGACUAAAUUAAAUAAACAACCCAUAUAAAGUAUCUAAAGCUUUAAAUUAAACACCUUUUUUUGAAUGAACUAAAAUUGUAAUGUUUUGACCAACGCUUGGCAAACAUAUUUCUACUUUUUAAAGAAUAUUCCAAGUUACAUAUCGCUGCCCUUCUUCUUCUCCCACUGCUCCCUGUAUGUAAACUCGAGAAUUUAAUGUAUAUUUUCUUUUCAGCUUAAAACUUUAAGUCUUUCCUGGCGUACUUACAAUAAUAAUGAAUGUAACUAAAUAAAGAAUAGUGUAUAAAUGAA